CAUGACUUGGCAAAGGAGCGCACUGCUUUUUUCCCGGUUUGGCUUUGCUUUGCAUUGCUUGCAGCGGGAUGGGAGCGCGUUUCCGAAGAGGCAACCUUUGCCCACCACGACCUUGACACAGAGGAGAAUUAUACCAAAGACAAGGCUGUAGUGCAACUUGGAGACCCCGACAAUGUCGAUCUUAACGCCGACCGUGGAUUCCAGGAGCAAUUCGAGGAGGUAUCAGAUGCAAAACAGUGGGUAUCCGUUACCGAAGCUGCCCCAGUCAGUUUAGCGGUUCUGUGCGGUGAGGAUGAGUUUAAAGUAACACUGCCAGCUGGUCCAAUGAGUGAAGUCAAGAUUUUGGGACCCAACAGUAUGCUCUCUGUUCUUGACGCCCCGGAAUCCUGUGGAUACUCCUUAAAUCGAGGACAAUAUCAGAACGCCUUAACUGUCCGCUUUUCAGGCUGCCUCAUUAGUCGUCAGGCUGGGCGGUACACCUUGAUGGUGUUGUAUGUCAAUGAAGCUGGCAUAAUGGAUGUUUCUACAGUGUCCUGUGCGGCUAGCCCCAAAUCCUCGUUGUCCUCGACCGUCCACCUGCCCCUCUCUAAUGGUCUUCGCAAUGCCCAUGGUGGGCCUCCUUCAAAGUGU